CACCAUAUUCCACACUCAAACAUAUAGCAGGCUCAACAGAGAACGGGAAGAAAACACGGUAGAGACGGAGGCCAUGACUGUCAGGAAACGAGCAGCAGUGCCGGGGCCAGCCCGACCCGCACCACCCGAACCAAAUCCGACUCCCAAACCCGAAGACCAGCCGAUCGCCGGCGCAAAAUGGGGGGUCAUCGUCGGUUGUUGGUUGGCUAUUGCAGUACCUUAUAUCUACGCAAUCUUGUACCAUUACAAAAUCGAAUGGGAGCUGAAAAAGUCGAUUUUGAUUAAUGCCGUUGUCAGCUUAUUAGGGUUUGUAUUAACCCUAGCUUUGAUCCCUGUUGCUUCUAAGUACGUUUUGAGGAGGAAUUUGUUCGGCUAUGACAUCAAUAAGAAGGGUACCCCUCAGGGCUCCGUCAAAGUGCCUGAGUCGUUGGGAAUCGUGGUUGGGAUUGUAUUUCUAGUAUCAGCGAUCUUAUUUCAAUUUGCCAAUAUCCCAGCAGAUUCAAAUUGGCUUGUCGAAUACAAUGCAGCACUAGCAUCUAUUUGCUUCAUGAUCCUGCUUGGCUUCGUAGAUGAUGUCCUUGACAUACCUUGGAGAGUGAAAUUGCUAUUGCCAUCUGUUGCAGCUCUGCCACUGCUAAUGGCUUAUGCUGGGCAUACAACUAUUAUUAUACCAAAGCCUCUCGUCCAAUAUUUUGGAGAGAAUAUUGAUUUAGGAUGGAUCUAUAAAUUGUAUAUGGGACUUUUGGCUGUAUUUUGCACAAAUGCAAUCAACAUUCAUGCUGGCAUUAAUGGCCUUGAAGUUGGACAGACAGUUGUUAUAGCUUGUGCUAUCCUGGCACACAACAUCAUGCAAAUUGGAGGUUCUAAAGAUCCCGAGUAUCAACAAGCCCAUGCAUUCUCAAUAUAUCUUGUUCAACCAUUAAUUGCCACUUCACUGGCUUUGUUUUCCUUCAACUGGAAUCCUUCUUCUGUUUUUGUUGGUGAUACAUUUACAUACUUUGCUGGAAUGACAAUGGCAGUUGUUGGCAUUUUGGGCCAUUUCAGUGAGACUCUGUUGAUAUUUUUUACUCCUCAAGUUUUAAACUUCUUGGCAUCCCUCCCUCAGCUAGCUGGUAUCAUAUAUUGUCCACGACAUCGACUGCCUAGAUUCGACCCUCAAUCUGGCUUACUGACCGGGACAAAAGAUGGUACUCUUGUGAAUAUAUUCUUAAGACUAUUUGGUAGAAGAUCAGAAAGGUCGCUCUGCAUCCUGCUACUUGUUUUCCAGGGGAUAUGUUGCUGCUUUUGUUUCUACUUGAGAUAUAUCCUCACUGGCUGGUACAAGUAAGCUGUGAGGCAAGAUGAAUUUCACUGUGUGCGUGGAAAUGAAAGAGGGGAUGUUAUUUCACUGUUUAAUUCGGAAAUUAAGCACUUUCUCCUGGGUAAACAUGUCCUUGCUCGAGACCUGAAUGUCAUCUUGUUUUGGGGAUGAUCAAAUUGUCUGAAGUGGAGAGCAGCGGCUGUACCUGCAUAUGAAUAUUGGGGAAGAGAGUCCAGGGGAAUUUGCUGACAAAUUGAAGACUUUACGAGCAUGGACGUGUCGUACUCUUUCUCUUGUGGUUCAGUUUAGGACAACUUUUGCUCUUGGAAUUGUCUCUUUCGAUUACGCCUUUUUGGUUGCAAUUUUGCCCAGUUGGUUGCCUGCUCGUAGUUAGAUAAUAACUCAGAUUCUGAAAAAUAGUGUAUUUCUUUGUUGUACUCGAAAUCUUCUAAUUGUUGAGCAUGCCUUACGAAAUCCUGUUCUAUUGAGAACACUCCCACCAAAGUCCUAAUUUAUUCUGAAUUUAGGAGCA